CUUUUGAGUAUUUCUACCAGGUCCAGACACUGUUCGGGGGAUCAGCAUUUCUGAUAAAUCGUUGUAGUACUUCGGAUUAAUAGUUUAAAUUCGCUCUUUUCACAUUACCCCAUUUAAAACGAUGGCCCAUUACGAAGAAGUAAAUGUGCGUGGCUAUGAUGAAUUUUGUCAGGCUGUGUCUGAGAGAAAAGGAAAGGAUAUUUUUGUUUAUUUUUCAGGUGAUAAAGACGCGCAAGGAAAGAGCUGGUGUCCAGAUUGUGUGAAGGCUGAGCCUAUUGUAAGAGGAGAGAUGAGCCAUCUUCCUGAGGGCUCCGUCUUCAUUUACUGCCAAGUUGGAGAAAGAGCCUAUUGGAAGAAUCCAAGUAACGACUUCAAGAAGACAUUGAAGUUGAGUGGAGUUCCUACUCUGCUGCGAUAUGGCACACCUCAGAAGCUGGUGGAGGAUGAAUGCUUCAAAUCAGACCUGGUGAGGAUGAUGUUCACCGAGGACUAAAGGAACCUGCUGUUUGCGUCACUAAAUAAAGAAUUCAUUCCUUCAAUGUUUUACAGUCAAUCAGCGCCAAUUCAUUUCUGAAAUACUACAUUAAUGAGUACUUGUAACCAUAACCAUGCACACGGAACACGCCCAAGCCCCCAACUGCAACUUGAAGCAAGUAACCAACUGUGUUAAGUUUACAAAAUAUGAAGCGUCGUUUGUAAUACACAGCUGUCUUAAUUUCAUACAGGAAUAUGUUAAGAGGGACAAUGGAUGUAAUUCAUACACACUUUACUUGCUAUUAUCUAAGUGCAAUCAUGAACUGUGAUUUCAGAUUGAUGUGUUCCUUUUGAUAUAAUCUAACACAGUAGCUGGUGAUUUAAAGUUUUUUUUUUUUUUUUUUUUACUGUGAUUUAUUUUGCAUUAGGUAUUUGCAGCUUUUCAGGGGCCCUUGAAUAAAAUCAAACUUAACGUUGAA